AUGGCGUCAAGACAGCUGAUACAAAUAGUGAUCGUGCGACUUCGAAGGAAAAAAACUGUUUUCUUAAAGUUUCGACAAGAUAAUGUAGUCAGCGCCUUAGAAGCAGUACAAAAAGAUAUGAGUAAAAAGCUUGCCGCAAAGACGUAUCAAGUACCACGAACAACAUUGAUUUACAGACUUCAGAAUCCUGAACAUAAGGCCCGUCCAGGUCCUGCUACUCUCCUCACCAAAGCGGAAGAAAAUGACUUGGAGAGCUGGAUUAAUAAUUGUGCCAUUAAAGGAUUCCCAAAACGGAAAGAUGACGCCAUUAACAGUAAUGUUAAUGAAAUUGAUUUCAGGAAGUGUCUUGGAAAGAGUACUGAUCAUGAAAAAUCAAGUGCACAAUGCAAAACAAGGGAAAAGCUAUUAACAAAGGAAGAAUUUAUAAGACUGAUAGGCGAACAUAAAGUAGCAGCUGGAGAGGAAUACACUAACAUCAGAGGAUAA